CGCCCCGCCCCUUGGCCUUUGCUCUGGUGAGGCGGGACUUCCUGUCUCCUCUGUCCAAGAGCCUUCAAGUGAGGCGGCGUGUAGAGUGUUUGAGUGUCAAGACCUGUGGCAGUAGAUAAGUUCGUACCUAGUGCACGGGUUCGGAGAGGGCCAUGGAGGUGCGACCUCCAGCACCACGGAGCUUCCUCUACAGGGCACUGGGUCCUUUCCCCCGGGUCUUUGCUGCAGAAGCUGUGGCUGCUAAUUCUGUGGCCGCCGAUUCGGAAGUCCUUGUGGAGGACCAGAAGCUUCUUUCCUACGUCUCGGAACCUCGUUAUCCGGAGUCCGGAUGGGACCGCCUCCGAGAGCUGUUUGUUAAAGAUGAACAGCAGAGAACGUCAAAAGAACUUGAGAAUAUUUAUAGGGCAGCAGCUUCAGCAGGCAUCAUUGGCUGGGCAUAUGGGGGAAUACCAGCUUUUAUUCAUGCUAAACAGCGCUACGUUGAACAGAGCCAAGCAGAAAUUUAUCAUAACCGGUUUGAUGCUGUGCAAUCGGCGCAUCGUGCUGCCAUGCGAGGCUUCAUCCGGUAUGGCUGGCGCUGGAGUUGGAGAACAACAGUGUUUGUGACUAUAUUCAACAUAGUGAACACUGGUUUAAAUGUAUACCGAGAUAAAAAUGCCCUAAGCCAUUUUGUCAUUGCAGGAGCUGUCACAGGAAGUCUUUUUAGAAUAAAUUUAGGCCUGCAUGGCCUGGUAGCUGGUGGCAUAAUUGGAGCCUUGCUAGGCACGCCUAUAGGAAGCCUGUUGAUGGCACUUCAGAAGUAUUAUGGUGAGACGAUUCAGGAAAGAAAACAGAAGGAUCGAAAAACUCUCCAUGAGCUGAAACUGAAAGAGUGGAAAGCCAGACUACAGUUUACUGAGCUCCUCCCUGAAGAAAUUGAAAGUAGCCUACAGAAAAAUCGAUCCAAGGAUGAUGCUGAGAAAAUUGAAGCACUGCUAAAUCUUCCUAGAAACCCCUCAUCAACAGAUAAACAAGACGAGGACUGAAGUUGUUCUGGACUUGAAAUUCACUGGAAAGUUGAAAGGAGCUAUGUUGCCAUGUCCACUGAAUGCCGGUGGUCAGGCUACUCCUUGGUUGCCCUGAUGACAGCUGUAGAGGCAGUGUUUGGCCUUACUUGUGUUUUUUUUAAUAUUAUUAUUUUAUUGUUGUUCAAGUAAAGUUGUCUGCAUUUACCCCUGCCACUCCCCUCCCCACAUCAGUCAUCCCCACCUCCCUCCCUGAUCCCACCAUGCCU